GGAUUGUUUAGUAAAAUACUUCCGUUGUAAACAUGUGUUCACAGUUUUAGGAGACCACUUUUUAAGAAAAGAAAAAUUGAUAGUUUUACUAUGGCUUUGAACGCAAUUGGUCGAAGAAAUUUUCUUUGUAGAAAAUAUCUGGUGAUAUUUAAUCGAUUUAGUACAUUAAACAAAGAUGUUGUCCCACAAAAGAAAAGAAUGGAAGAUUUCUUUUUUGAUCACAAAGUGCAAAGUAUUUUGAAAAAAAUCACUGGAGUGAACUAUGAAAAGAUUUUCAAACCAAGAAAGCAGAAGUUGACUCCUUACACCUAUGAGUUUGCCACUGAGAAUAGAUUAAAAGAGCUACAGCAAAAUGCUGCUUCAAAAGCUGCAGAAAAGCUACAAAUGCCUCCUGUGUUAAGUAUUCAUGAAGAAAACAAAGAAAUUUUAGCCAAAGAUCCUGAACUUCAAGGAGUGCUGUCCCACAAGAUUAUUUUUACUGAUAUUUCUACAAAUGUCUCAUCAAGAGAUAGAAUGAUAACUGUUCGCGAGAUUGAUGGCACAUUAAGGAAAGCCACUAGAGAAGAAAGGUUUCGUAUGAACCAGAUUUACUAUCCACUUGAAGGAAGGAGUUUAGAAGUGCCCAAAUUGUUUAGCAGUCCGCAUAUUGAUCGUCUUAUGGAAGAGGGAAAUUAUAUUUUUCUAUUGGAUAUUGCUUGUGUGCAAUUUGAGCCAGAUGACCCAGAAUAUCAUCAAAUCACCAGUGUUAUUUAUGAGCAUAUAAACCAAAUGAAGAAAUUUGAUGUACUUAGAUCAACGAGACAUUUUGGUCCAAUGGCAUUUCAUUUUGCAUAUCAUAAAAACAUUGACAGAUUAAUUGUUGAUAUGCUUGAAAGGCAUUUAAUAAGUGAUGCCGCUGAUGCUAUUAAGUUGUUAUCUAUUUUGAAUCCUGAAAUAAGCCUGGCUCAAGAUGGAGGAAAUGUAGAAAUUGUGCAGAAUUUUAUAAAAACUAUUGCUAUACAGAAGUCUGAUUUGGAGCUGGCAUUGCAAUCCUUUUUGGAAGCAGACGCAAAACUGUCUCAAGAUCAAGUUUCAUUAUAAUGUUCUUAUAUCAUAGCUUUCUAUCACACUGUAGAAUAAAAUAUUAUAAAUAAUUUGAGGUUUUUCAGUAAAUUUU